AUAACAGAUUAAACAGAAGGGGUUUGCGGUGGAAUUGGGGUAACACUGACGGCUGCCACCCAAGAAGGAACGCAAAAAUUUCGUUAUGCCAAUCAUAAAGUAUAUAAAUAAAGCAUAUUCCUAUUCGUAUGAACCACUCAGAAGAUGCGGAGAGUUAUAUUUUAUGCAACGCAAGUCUAUUUACAGCACAUUAUUAAUAUUAUAAUAAAAACGGCGGCGUCUCCUUGUUUCAACUUUCAACUUAAAUUCUUCUAUCUAUCUAUGCUUCCGCUUUGCCUUUGCCCUUCGCCAUCCUCUUCCCUCUCCUUCUCUCUCUCAGCAGAUAUUGUUGUAUGAUCUUCAUGAGUUCAAGAACCACUGGAGUCUUCACUGUUUCCUGUAAACCAGGAAAUAAGAGCAGCUUCUUCUUCUGGCUAUUGUUUUGCUUGCUUCCCAAGUUUCUUGGAACUCCUAUCGCCUUUAUCUUGUUCAAGGCCAUUGAUAGGAGUCCUGCUGUAGUCAUCACUUAGGUGACAUUUCAGGGGGGGUCAUCAAUCGUGUUUUUGUCGGCCAAUUUGCUUCUUUGGUAACAUGGUCUCCUCACAGUUAUCUGGUUUGACCAAGGGUCGUACAUGUAAACCUUUUGAUGCUCGGCUACUAUUUAAUGCAAGCCCACCGGAUGCUGUUUUAACUGAACAGGUUGAAGUAGAUUUUUCUGAUGUGUUUGGCCCCCUGCCGGUUCAGGUUUCAAUAGAAGACAGUGGUGGUGAACCAGAGAAUACUGUUUCAGCUGCGGGUGUGACUGGGAUUGUUUAUGAUGAUCCAGCUAUUGUUUACAGCCGAUCACAUUCUUUGCUCGGCCCUUCUUCUCGUGUCAGUCAAUCCUUGAUAAGCAAACUCAGCUUUUGCGAGAUAGGCGAUUCAGUGGAUCUAGUAGAAAGUAUUAAGGAAGAAAGUAUCAGUGAAGUUGAGGAGCUCUCUGUUGGAGAUGAUGAUGAUAAUAAGAAGUCCCUUAAAUAUGUUAAUGGAGAUCACAUGAAGGUCAUCAGCAUAGGCAUUGAGGAUUUUGAGGUUUUGAAGGUGGUUGGGCAAGGUGCAUUCGGAAAAGUAUAUCAGGUAAGGAAAAAGGGCACACCAGAAAUUUAUGCAAUGAAGGUUAUGCGGAAAGACAAGAUAAUGGAGAAGAAUCACGCAGAGUACAUGAAUGCUGAGAGGGAUAUUUUAACAAAAGUUGAUCACCCUUUCAUUGUCCAGCUCAGAUAUUCAUUUCAAACCAAGUAUAGGUUGUACCUUAUUCUGGAUUUCAUUAAUGGCGGGCACCUCUUCUUUCAGCUUCACCAUCAUGGUCUUUUCAGAGAGGAUCUGGCUCGUGUCUACGCUGCUGAGAUUGUUUCUGCGGUUUCACACCUUCAUGCAAAUGGCGUAAUGCAUAGGGAUCUUAAACCUGAAAAUAUUCUUUUGGAUGGUGAUGGCCAUGUAAUAUUGACAGAUUUUGGCCUGGCCAAGCAAUUUGACGAAAGUACAAGAUCAAAUUCAUUAUGUGGAACAGUGGAAUACAUGGCACCAGAAAUAAUUACGGGGAAGGGCCAUGAUAAGGCUGCAGACUGGUGGAGUGUUGGUAUAUUAUUAUUUGAAAUGCUUACUGGAAAGCCUCCUUUUACUGGUGGAAACAGAGACAAAAUUCAGCAAAAGAUUGUCAAGGAGAGGAUGAAGCUGCCCAAAUUCCUUUCUAGCGAAGCACAUUCUCUGUUGAAAGGGCUGCUGCAUAAAGAUGCUUGUAAGCGCCUUGGAAAUGGACCUGGUGGAAGCGAGGAAAUAAAGCGAUGCAAAUGGUUCAAGUCAAUCGACUGGAGGAAACUAGAGGCAAGGGAAAUUCAACCCAGUUUCCGUCCUGAAAUUGCUGGGAAGCAUUGCAUUGCCAACUUUGACAAACGAUGGACUGACAUGCCGUUGACUUUUUCUCCAGCGUCUAGCCCAAAGACCAAUGCAAACCCUUUCACAGAUUUCAAUUACAUAAGGCCAGCUGCAACCCUUCUGUAGUGGGCCAAAUUUGCCCGGGCCCACUAAAAACCCAAAUAUACAAUAAAUAAAUAAAUAAAUAAACCUCAGUCCAUUAAAUAACCCUAUCAGACCCAAACCCAAUUUUAAAACUUGGCCCAAAUUUACAAGGCCCGGUAGGCCCAGAACACUAAACCAAGACUGAAGCCCUAGCAGCACGUGUUUGCACCUCAGCAUCCUCGGCCUCCGUACCGCCUCUGUACCCUCAGCAGCACCACGCUCUCGUACACGCGCAAACACCACCCCAUAACGGCAGA